GCUAUUUCGAGACCUGCCAUCAAGAUUCCAUGGUGAAGGUGCUUCCCACAGAAAACAUGAUUCGGAGCUACUUCGACUCCUCUCCCAGAAGAUGUGGGCUCUUACUGAGGGGUCUAUUGUGUAUCUGUUUGGCGGAAAUCGUCUCUUCAAAAUCAGUUGCUGUGUUUGGACGAGGCUCGGCCGGUCAUGGAGAAGUAACGGAACAGUGGGGAGUGUUGUCCCAGGGGACUCAGAUUUUCCUGCUAGUGCUGGGUGGAAUACUAGGUCUUUUCUCACUGUAUGGACUGUAUAGACUGUACCGGUGGUGCAAACAGAAUCCCCGCAAGCCUGGACAUUGACUUUUAUUCAUCUUACCAUUUUACUUCUUUUUUCUCUUUUUUACUUCUACUAUUUUAUUUGUUAAGUGUUCUUUAUUAAAAGUUCAAA